AUGUCUUAUUUCAUGUCUCCACAAACUCAUCUGGGUCUUCUGCCUUCUGGCCAAGGUGGGGCUGCUUCUCCGGGCUCAUCCUUUGGCCUCUAUAGCCCUGCAGAGCCAGUGGUGGUAGCCCCUGGUGGGUUAAGCCCACUGAGCCAGAAAGGUGAGCAGCUGGCACCUGCUGCCCAGGCCUGGGGCCCAGCCCUGGCCGUGCCAGAAGCCAGGGGCUGCCCUGGGAGGGCUAGCUGGGAGCCACUGCGGCGGAAGGAGUAUGGCCCAUACUGCCACAAACUCCCCGCUGUGAGGCAGCCAGAGAGGUUGGGCUGGGAGGAUGGCUGCUCCAGAGGCCAACUGCCCCAGCUGGGUGGCCUCAGCCGGCCCAGGCCCCUGCUGCUGUGCAGGAUGUCACCAGGGGUUCUGCAGGUGCCCUCUGAGGCAGGGGGGCAGGAGGCCAGCUCACAGUCCAACAUCUGCAUCCUAACCUUGGCCAUGAUGAUCGCUGGCAUCCCCACCGUGCCCGUCCCAGGCCUGCGGGAAGAGGACCUGAUCCGGGCAGCUCAAGCUUUCAUGACGGCCCAUCCAGAGCCAGAGGGAGCUGUGCAAGGGAUGUGGUGGGAGCAGGCGCCCGCCCACCCAGCCUCUGGGCAGGUGCCCCUAGUGAGACCCAGGAGGGGCCCACCUCCUGGCUCUGGCUUGUAGCUGGAUGAAAUAGCACCAGACACGUA